UAUUGCUUAAUAUAUUGUAUUCGAAACUAAAAUAGAAAAUGUUGUUCGGUUUAGUGUAUUUGACAUGGUUCGAUACCUUAACAGUUACAUUGUCAAUUUUGGCCAUUGUGAUUAUACAAAUAAUAAAUUCAAUUUUGGCCACAGAUAAAGAUACUACGACACAAGCCACUACAGCAAUUAAUGGAAUUUUACGAAAACAAAACAGUGAAUAUUGCGAAGAUUUGCCAUCAAACAAUGUGAACACAUCUCCCCCUGUAUCUGCACGUAAUUCCAUUAGUUCUCCACUUAAUGGUAGUAUUCCACAGACACCCAGUUCGGAGACACUAAGUGAUGAAUACCACGAGGAUGAAGAUACACUCUCAUUGGAGAAUCUCUUUCCGUGCGAUCAAACGGAAAUUUAUGCUUCCAAGAAAAUAAGUUUCAUCAUCGAUGAGCUCAUACAAACCGAGGUGAACUAUUUGAACAAUCUGCGCAAAGGCUUGCAAAAUUAUGGCAAACUGCAUGAGCGUCAGGAUUUGCCAGAGGCUUUGAAAGGCUCGGCACAAAACCAAAAUUUAUUAGGAAAUAUUGGCGAGAUCAUGUCACUGCACGAAGAGCAAAUAUUGCCAAUGAUGCUGCGAAAUCAACGAGACUUGAAGUCUUUAUUUGAUGAGUUUGCGGUUUAUUUUGAUAAAAAUCACUUCUACUGUUAUGUGAUAUAUAUGAUCAACAAAAAGACAUCGAUGGAACUAUGUAAGGAGCAACGUGAAUGGUUCCAGGGUUUACAAACUGAAAUCAAUGAUAAAUUGGGCAUUGAUAGUUUCUUGGUACAGCCCAUACAAAGACUGACCAGAUAUCCUUUGCUUCUGCAGCAAUUCAUAUCUGAAUUCUAUAAAAGUGGUAUUAGCUGCAAGCCUGUAUUGGUUUCCGUUUGUAAAUUAGAAACGCGUAUGCGUCGCCUGUUAGAAGUAGUAAAUCAAGCAGAAGAAAUAUCCUAUAUAGAAGAUAUAAACGAGUUGAAUCUUUUAGAACAAGGUAACUUCCGCAAAUCAACAGAGCUCGACGCAUACAAUCAUCGUUCACGUAAAAAGCACCGCGCAAAAGUAUUCCUUUUCGAUCGCUGCCUAGUUUGUGCCGAAGUACGUAAGAAAAGACUCACCUAUCGUCAACAUUAUGCUUGGCCCACUGUUGAUCUACAGCUGAAUAACUCUAAAAGUGUUACUCUAUUACUUAAGGCGAAUACCAAGGAGGAAUAUGAGUUCUCUUCACCGGAAGCGACUUCCAUAACUGCUUGGAUGCGCUUCGUGCUUAGAGUUAUGGAAACCUCACGCAUUUUAGCGGAAAGAGAAGGAAAAUUUUCAUUACCAAUGGACCUGGUAUUGUUUGUAGCUCUUGCUGUUUGGCUGAUAUGGCACUAUUUGUAUUAGUUUUUAUUGGGGUAGUCAUUCGGGGGGUCAAAACUAACUAUAUAUUUUAUGUUUAUUAUUAAGUCUCCUAUAAUAGUGAAAAUGUAAAUAUUUUAAGUUAUUAUAAAAUGCAUUAUAAUUAUAAAUUUCUUUAUAUUUUUUAUGCCUCGUUGGCUUUGGUCAUGCAUCGUUAUCCUAUGUGCUUCCACUAUUAUAUAUUUUUAUGUGUGUUUAUUGUCUUUUUCCCAGCUGUAGUCUUCGACUCAAAUAUUUGACCAAGCGUAAAAUAAGUUUGCAUACUGGCAAAUGCUGUUCAUAAUAAACAAAUUUAUUUUUUACUCUACCAAAGAAGAAACUUGACAAAUAUUUAUGAUAAAUUACAUUUUUGGUAAUGUCCUUGCUCGCUUUGUCCUGUUGGCACUUCUGCAUAAAAGCAAAAAAUAAAUAGCUUCUUUACUAUUUUAUGUUGGUAGUUGCUAAGCAUAUGCAGCAUUUGCAGCUUGGUAAAAAGCCAACUUAAUAAGACAAUUUCGCAUCUUGGCGCAGAAAACAACAAAGUACAUAUGUAUGGAAAUGAAAAGUCCUUGACAUAAGUACAGUGGGCAAAAGUUAAGAAAUUUUUUAAAUAUUUGUUGGUAGUUUGAAUUUCUGCGGAUGAUCAUUUAAUGUUCGAUUAUUUUAAUAUUUAUUAGCUAGCUUUUCUGUUUCUCUACCGCUCAGAUCAGAGCUUUUUUUUUAUUCACAUGGCUAUAAUUCGCUUAUCUCUGUAUACUAGUUUGGAGUUUAUCGUUAAAAUUCAGUUAUUAUUUUAACUGUAAUUAAUUUUAUAUGAAUUGUUAGUUAAAAU